AUGAUAAAAAAAAAAAGAAAGCAACAUAGAGAUUCAAUGGAGGAAAAGGAAGAGGGUGUGAAGCUAAUAGGGUCUUGGGCAAGCCCUUUCAGUCGUCGGAUCGAAAUGGCUCUCAAACUCAAAGGCGUGCCUUAUGAUUAUUCGGACGAAGAUUACUUGGUCGUAAAGAGCCCUUUGCUUCUCCAGCUAAACCCAAUCUACAAGAAGGUUCCGGUUUUUGUCCACAAUGGUAAAGUAUUACCCGAGUCACAUCUGAUCCUCGAAUACAUCGACCAAACAUGGACAAACAAUCCAAUUUUACCGCAAGAUCCGUACGACAAAGCCAUGGCUCGGUUUUGGGCCAAAUUCGUCGAUGAACAAGUCACAUCAAUAGGGUUGAGGUCUCUAGCAAAAUCAGAGAAAAUUGAUGUUGCAAUCAAGGAGGCUCAGGAACUUAUUAUGUUUCUUGAGAAAGAAAUCACCGGGAAAAAUUUCUUCGGUGGAAAGACGAUAGGAUUCUUGGACAUGGUCGUAGGAAGCAUGAUCCCGUUUUGUUUGGAUCGGGGUUGGGAAGGUAUGGGAAUUGAUAUGAUGCCAGAGAAGAAGUUUCCGGAACUAAACAGAUGGAUCAAGAAACUGAAAGAAAUCAAGAUCGUGAAGGAAUGUAUUCCUGAUAGAGAGAAACAUAUUGUACACAUGAUGAAAAUUGUAGAGCGAAUCAAAGCGGCUUCAAAGACGACAUGAUUACUCUUUAAUCCGGAGAUUUUAACUAUAUUUUAUAUUGCCGCCUUGUUAUUUAGAAGUUGUAUGAUUGGUUUCUUAAAUAAAAAUGAGUGAUAAAUGUAUUUGCAGUGGUUAGUAUACACGGUUUGUAUGAAUGUCUAGAUCUCUUUCGUAAAACUAUAUUGAUAAAAUAUUUUGUUUU